CAUUCCUCUUCCAUGGGAAGAUAAAUGCAGGUAACAGAGCCACUGAGAGCUGCUACGCCAACGGCAUUAAUCUUUAGCCACUGCCAAAAUGAGAAAAAAAUCCCUUAAAACUCUGGUAUUUUUAGUUUUUCUCAGUCUGGCGUUUUAUACUGUGCUUUUUUUUUAUAAGAAAAAAAGCACUGCAACUUUUUCCUCUAAGAAAUCUUAUGGGACAGACAAAGCAUUUAUUUGGGCAAUCAAAGAAACUGUUCAGGUACAGCAGGCAAAGAAGCCCGAAGCCCUAGAAGCCAGCCAGGAGAAGAUAGAGAUACCAGCCCCUGCAAAACAAAUUUUGGAACGCUGCCCUGACACACCUCCCGAUCUUGUGGGUCCCCUUUAUGUGGAGUUUACUGUUGAACGGACUUUGGAUGAGGUGAGAAAGGAAAUGAAUUUUCUUAAGGAGGGAGGACGGUACAAGCCACCAGACUGUAUCGCCCAGCAAAAGGUGGCACUCAUCAUUCCUUUCCGAAAUCGUUAUGACCACCUGAGGCACUGGCUGUAUUACCUGCAUCCUAUACUAAAGCGACAGCAGGUGGACUACACUGUGUAUAUCAUCAACCAGGAUGGAGAGGGCGUGUUCAACAGGGCUAAACUGAUGAAUGUUGGCUAUGCUGAAGCAAUGAAGCAAUAUGAUUAUGACUGCUUUGUCUUCUCUGACAUAGAUUUGAUCCCCUUAGAUGAUCGGAAUCUCUAUAGAUGUUUUGAAAGUCCCCGUCACUUGGCUGUUGCUAUGGACAAAUUUAAUUUCAACAUGCCUUAUGAUACCUUCUUUGGUGGAGUUUCCUCCUUAUCCAGAGACCAGUACUUGAAGAUUAAUGGCUUCCCAAACACUUACUGGGGCUGGGGUGGUGAGGAUGAUGAUAUCCACGAGCGAAUUAAAUCACGUGGAAUGACCAUUUCUCGGCCUGAUUUGGCGACAGGAAAAUACAAGAUGAUCAGGCAUCAAAGAGACUUGCACAAUGAGGCAAAUCCCAACAACCCUUUCAAACUUCGUCUGGCUAGCUUGAACAUGAAUGCGGAUGGGAUUAAUUCCCUCAGAUACACAGUCAAGGCUAUUGUGAAAGAUGUACUGUACACCUUUAUCACUGUGGAUAUUGAGGCUCCACAAAGCUGAAUGAGAAUGAAAUCUGCAGAUCCUGGACUGGUGGCGAUGAUCAUUUCAGUGGUGUUUCAGUCACAGGGUUCUGAUAAAAACAGUGUCACACUCAACCUCAUCUGUCUCAAGUGGUUUUUUGUUGUUACAAUCACUGAGUGGUCCAUAUUUCUUGGUGUAGGGCUACGUAUGUGAACCUAUGGAUGUGCGUGUGUGUCUGUUCAAGUGAAUAAAAAAUAUAUUUGAGCUAAAGUUCAGCGAAUGUAAGACAUUCUGUAUUUAUAGCUAAUUUUUUAAUGUAUAAAAUGUGUAAGCACAAUUCACUCUAAAGGUUUAGUCCAUGAUUCUAGUGACAGACUGUUAUUUAUAUUUGCAUCAAGAGGACUUUACAGCUCCCUUCAGUUAGAGUUGCAGAACCACACCAGUCAGAAUUCAUGUAUACACUUUACCACAGCAACAAUAUAAUGACAGGUUCUAUAGCAUGGAUGUAUUAGGAGGGGCUACAAGAUAGCCCCCAUUACUCCCACUGAAAUUUGAUUUCCUGGCACAUAUGGCAAAAAUAAAUUAAAUUAAAUUUUGAAAAAAAUCAAAUUUGAGCUUGCUUCCAUGUUGUGCAAUGCAGUGUGUAUUCUCCACAGCCCCUGUCUGCACACUUCCACUUUGCCCACGCUGGGAUUACAUCAUGAAAAUAAAACUCUUUUCUAGGCUCUGGGAAGGUUUUACAAAUAAAAAUCCUCCAUGGAUUAAAAAUGUAUAACAGUGGAAACUUCAGUGACUGUUCUACAACCUUAUUGCAUGUUUAUGAAAGGUUAUUUUAAUCCAAACCAUGAUUGUUUUCUAACCAAACACAGUAGUUUUGGUCCUACACCUGUAAAAUCAUAAACUUGUGUUUAUAAUUGUUACCAUGAUGAGGAAGGUCUGGAAAGUGCGCCAGUGGAAGGGUCCUAUGGGCCGUGUUCUAAAGCAGCCAAAUGAUGUACUGUAUAUUGUUGUUUUGGUUGAAGGACUUGUUUUUCUAAAUAUUUUGGUGAGAAAUACCCAGUAUUCAGUUCUUCUCCCCCAGAACCCCAAAGAACUGAAACAACAUGUUGAGUACCAUUUUUAAAAUCUCCAGAUUGUCUUACUGUGUGGCUCAGCAACCAAACAGGACAAGUACAGACUUCAGUGGACAGUCAGAACUGCAGAAAAGGUCAUUG